AUGUAUCAUCGAGCGAUUCUUGAAUAUGAUGGAGUAUUUAGGCAGUAUGCCUAUCCGAAAACUUCUAGCGGGAUGCAGAUGGAAUGUGACAAUAACAUUUGUUGGAAGAAAAGGCAUCCACUUUCAAAUGGGAGGAAAGAUCCAACAGUUGGAGGGAAGGCUUUGAUAAAAAUAAGGAAAGACAACUCCACAAUUGGAUCAUCAACUUGCAAAAAAAGAAAAAAGAAAAAUCAAUCUACUCUAAAAAGGCAUCCACUUUCAAAUGGGAGGAAAGAUCCAACAGUUGGAGGGAAGGCUUUGAUAAAAAUAAGGAAAGACAACUCCACAAUUGGAUCAUCAACUUGCAAAAAAAGAAAAAAGAAAAAUCAAUCUACUCUAGUAAUUUCUGGUUCUGUGUUGUUGGCCAGUUCAAUUUUCAUGAACUUAAUCGCCCUUCUGUGCGUUUUUAAGAUUAAAGGGAAAAAGCCAAAGAAGAUUGCAGUUGUUCCAGGAGUGAACUUAAGAAGUUUUAGCUACAAUGAGCUAGAAGAAGCUACAAAUGGAUUCAAGGAAGAAUUAGGAACUGGGGCCUUCUCAACAGUUUACAAAGCGGUUCUUGAGGACGAAAAGGGGAAAGUUGUUGCUGUCAAAAAACUAAACAAAAUGGUAGCAGAAGGAGAAGAAGGAUUCGAAGCCGAAGUGAAUUCAAUCAGCAGGACUAAUCACAAGAACUUGAUUGCAGGCUUAGCUAGUCCAAAAGGGUACAAGUUGCUAUUGACACUGCCAAAGGACUUUUCUAUUUGCAUGAAGAGUGCAGCACCCAAAUUAUACAUUGUGACAUCAAACCCCCAAAAUGUGCUUUUGGAUGAAAGCUUGACAGCAAAAUUAGCAGAUUUUGGUAUGGCCAAGCUUCUGAGAAAAAAUCAGACUCGAACAACCACUAGGAUACGUGGAACGAGAGGGUAUGUAGCCCCAGAGUGGUUCAGAAAUGUGCCUAUAAAUGUGAAGGUGGAUGUGUACAGCUUCGGGGUCUUGCUCUUAGAGUUGAUUUGCUGCAGAAAAAUUUAUGAGCAGGAGGUGGAAAAUGAGAAUGAAAUUAUACUAGUGGAGUGGGCUUUUGAUUGCUAUAAAAGAAACGAAUUGCAUCUACUUGUGGGUGAUGAUGAAGAGGAAUUACUAGAUAUCAAGAGUUUUGAGAAGUUCUUGAUGGUUGCUAUUUGGUGUAUUCAACAAAUUCCAGCAUUAAGGCCUAGCAUGAAGAAAGUCAUAUUAAUGCUUGAAGGUUCUAUUGAAGUAUCAAUUCCUAUAGACCCUUUUUCCUUUACCAAUUUUGUAUAG